AAGGUUCCUUUCAGAACCGGACCUCUCUCUUGCCUUUGCCUUUGCUGGUUUGCUUUUCUCAUUCACACACUCUCUUUUUUCUGCUCUUUCAUUUUCAGUCAUCAUUAAAAUCACACAUGAUAAAUUCACCGUCAAAUCUCACUGAUUCAAAUACUUCAAUGCCGGCCGAAUCCUAACGCCGUUAACUAACUGCGACUCAGACUGGUUUAGAUAAUCACUUUUGUUGGUGCUCUGUUACUUCAGCAUUCAAAUUUGCUUUGAGGAUUUUCUUUGCAGCUAAAAAGGGUUCAGUGAGAUCUCAUUGGCUUUAGAGUUUGGCCUAAAAUAUCAAGACUAAAGGCUGGAAACUUUCAUGAGCUAAGAUUUACUCAUGAAGAAGCUGUUCUUUUUCAGUUCAUCUGCAUCCAGCAACGGGAGCGUUGAUGGGGUUUCUCCACCAUCAAAAGAUAAGAGAGGUUAUGGGGAGAAUCCGUUGGAAAGUGGGAUGAGUAGUAAAGCUCGUGACAGAGGUGAUCAUAGUUUCAGGAGUCCUAGGAACUUGUUUUCCAAAUCUCGAAAGCAAGUAUCUGAUAGCCAGAGCUCUAGUUCCAGUUCAGGUCUUAGAAGGAGCCGCUCAUUGUCAUCAGCUGCCUUAAGUGAAAGGCUGGGACAAACGGAUUUAUUUUGCGUCAAUGAUCAAAGUAGAUCUCCUUCUAGUAGUGCAAGUAGUGGUCGACAUCAGCAAUGUGAUCAUUCAUCUCGUCGUCGUGCUUAUACUCCUGAGAGGCAAUACAAGGCAAAACAAUUCGAAGAGCCAGCUAUUCAAAAUGCUCGCGGAUUUGAGAGGCCUGGUUCUGCUGGUUCUUCCAGAACCUACAAUGACUCGUCAUCCAUUUGCUCUAGCAAUAUUUCAAGUAAGGUUGUGGACCGCUACAUUGAUGGGGAGCAGCAGCAGGAAAAAAGCAGGACUAAUAACAGUUCUUCACAGAGAAAUUAUAAUGGAAAUGCUGGGAGGCUUCCCCCACGAGUUCAGUAUACAGCGCCUACUUCCCCAACACAUAGUUCCAAUGAUAAACCUAGGGCUUGUUCCUUUAGGGAAGCUAAAAGUUCCCGGCUUCGUUUCUCAUCUAAAGAUUGGACAGAAAGAGGAUUUGGGCAUGAAUCUCCUCGGAGACUUGCCAAGAAUGUUGUUGAGAGACUCUCCCAGUCUAAUGUUUUCCCCAAAACAAGUUCAAAGCCGUUUGACCUUGAUGUUCCAAUCACGAUUGAAGAUAUCUAUGGUAGACCCUUGGAUAGGUGCUUCAAUGCAAAUUCAGAUGUGGUGGCUGAAAAGAUUUAUCCAUUGGAUGAACCUUUUGAAACAGGUAACAUGUAUCGCGAAGAGGUUAACUCAGGCUUCCUGGGGCAGAAUCUUUUUCACAGUGGUGAAAGUGAGGAUGUGAACUCUGAUGAAAUUGAAGAUGACACUGAUGCAGGACUAAGAAUAAGAUCCAAAGAAGCUGAGCAGAGGGUCAUGCUUAUUUCUGAAGAACUUGAGCAGGAAAGUUUUCUUCAAGAUUGUGGGUUUGAUGUCUCAUCGUUGAUUCAAAAAAUUAGAGACCUAACAGAGGAUAGGAUAAGCUUGUCACUUGAGGUUUCAAACCUUUUACAGUCUCAAAUUGCUGAGAGGGCUUCUGCUAGGGAAGAACUCAGAUGGGCAAAGGAAGAAUUAGAGGCCCGAACCCGACGAUUAGAGAAAGAGAAGAAUGAGUUGCAGUCAGGAUUGGAAAAGGAGUUAGACAGAAGGUCAAGUGACUGGUCAUUCAAGCUUGAGAAAUAUCAGUCAGAAGAGCAGAGGCUCCGUGAGCGAGUUAGAGAGCUUGCAGAGCAUAAUGUCUCCCUUCAAAGGGAAGUUUCAUCCUUUGACGAGAGGGAAAGAGAGAGCAAAAGCAUAAUAACAAAUUCAGGGGAACAACUUCAUGACCUCACCACAAGUGUGGAAGAACUAAAAUUGGAUAAUGAAGACUUACGACAGAAUCUCUCUGAACUACAGGAGAAAUAUAGAGCAGCAGAAGAAGAUCGUGAAUGCAUCCAUAAAAAUUUUGAAGAGAAGGAUAAAGAGUGCAAAGAGCUGCAUAAAUCUAUUACAAGAUUACUAAGAACUUGCAGUGAACAAGAGAAGACGAUUGAUGGGUUACGAGAAGGUUUUAGUGAGAAACUUGGGGAGGAUCAAACAGUGGAGAAGUUUGAUAAGCAUAUGGCGAAAUUACAGAUGGAGCAAAUGAGGCUGACUGGAGUAGAGCUUGCUUUGAGGAGGGAAUUGGAAUCUUGUAGGCUUGAAGUUGAUUCUCUUCGACAUGAGAAUGUAUACUUACUAAACCGCUUGAAAGGAAAUGGGAAAGAAAAUUUUGCUUUAACUUUCAAGCUAGAUAAAGAAAUGUGGACUCGCCUCUAUUGCUUACAGAAUCAAGGGCUAUUGAUGCUAAAUGAGAGCACUGACUUAUGUUCAAAGUUACUGGAAUUCAUCAAAGGGAAAGCAGGCCAAUUUCUUCCAGAUGCUAAGCAUGGUCUGGAAGUUAUCAAGAACGGUUUAGGUGCACAAUUUGUUGUUGAAGCUGAGGUGAAACUUCAGGGAUUCAAGCGUGGAACUGAGAGCCUGACAAGGAGUUUGCAGACGAUGUCUACUUUGUUGCAUGAGAAGUCCACUCCAGGUGCUUCCAAAUUACAGUCACAGUGCACUGAUGCUGAUGGAUUGGUGCAACAAAAUGAUCAAACAUCAGAGGAUGUUAUAAGAUCUGAGCUUAAAGCAGAAACUUUACUAACUAGUCUAUUGAGAGAGAAGCUGUAUUCUAAAGAGCUGGAAGUUGAGCAGUUGCAAGCUGAACUUGCAACAGCAGUAAGAGGCAAUGACAUUCUCAGAUGUGAAGUCCAAAAUGCACUAGAUAACCUUUCCUGUGUCACUCAUAAUUUGAAGGAUCUUGAACUUCAGAUGAUGCGGAAGGAUGAGAACUUAAACCAGCUUGAAAGCAACCUUCAAGAAUCGUUAAAGGAAUUAACAAUUAUGAGAGGGAUACUGCCAAAAGUUUCAGAUGAGAGAGAUUUGAUGUGGGAGGAAGUGAAGCAAUACAAUGAGAAGAAUAUGUUAUUGAACUCAGAGGUUAAUGUACUGAGGAAGAAGAUAGAGGCCCUUGAUGAAGACGUCCUUCUGAAGGAAGGUCAGAUUACAAUCUUAAAAGACUCCCUAAGGAAAAAACCUUUUGAUCUUCUUGCCAGCCCUGAUUCUUUGCAAGAUUUCCUGCUGGAAUGAUAGCUGGAUAUUUCGUUAGGGAGGAUAAAUCACUGUCCAUAGUCCAAUACUUUUGUGCUUGAGGCUGCUCCUUUUCUAGCUUUUAUUUCUUUUCCUUUUACUUUGAUUGAGGGUUUUGAUAAGGAGUAAAAGAAACAUACCGUGAUUCUUGUGAUUGAACAGUUACACUAAAUUGUAUGUAGUUGGCUUCCCAGCUUAGCAAUACCAGAAGAAUUUGUCUUUGCAGUUCA